UCAAUGGUAUAGGUCGUGAAAUCACAUAAAAUGUGGCAUUAUUUAUUAUUUGUGAGUUUGUUCGCUAUUGCAAUUGCUGAUCCAGUUCCUUUUAUAACUAAAUGCAACGCAAGAGACGUGAAAUGCCUGACGAAUACUACAAACGCAGCUAUUCCAAUUUUUGCUGCGGGAUUCCCCGAGUAUGGAGUGGAAACAUUGGACCCACUAUUCUUCGAGACCAUAGACUCAUCAAGUCUGAACAUUAAACUGAUAAUGUAUAACACCACUGUCAAGGGUCUUAAAAAUUGUAAAGCGAGGACGGUACAGCGCGACGUCGUUAAUUCAAAAUUAUUCAUCAAAAUUGAAUGUAAUGUAACUUUAAAUGGCCUCUAUGUAAUGUCAGGUCGACUUCUGCUAAUACCAAUUGAAGGCAAAGGAAAGAAUCACGCGGAUAUUAAUAGAUUUAUCACUAGCUUUAAUGUAACCCUGAAAGAUGUACAAGGGAAAGACGGGAAGAAACAUUGGUCUAUCAAGGGUUGGUCGUACACCUAUGAGCUGGAGGACCAGUCGCAUGUCCGUUUAGAAAAUUUAUUCGGUGGAAAUAAGGUUUUAGCCAAAGCAGCUGAGAUCGUCGUGGCAGCCAAUGGGAAUGGAAUAAUCCGGGAAAUCGGAUCACCAGUGAUCAACACACUCGUUGUUAAGCUCGCAGAUGCAAUUCAAACCUUUUUCCAUGCUGUUCCAUUGGAAGAUUUAAUCCUGCAGUAGACUUGAAAUAAAUAUAAUAUUAAUAUACAUACGACAUACAUAUUAUAUCUUUAAAAAUAUUAUGCGUUAAUGGUCGUGUAGAGCCACACCUACUUUUCACGUGAAUAUGAGAAUAUCCUUCCUAUAAUAACCAGCCAGAGCUGGUUGUGUCAUGUAACCUUGAUUUGCCUUUAGGAAUUUAGAGAUGAUGAUGAUGAUGCUCCUAUAGUAGAAACUAUAUGACC